GUUGUCUCCACUUCCUAUUGGCCAAUUCACUGUCUCGUCGAGGCUGAUCGAGCUCCUAACAGCAUCAGCGAUAGAAGCAUCGUCCUGUCACUACUUGAUUCUCCUUUUUUAAGUACUCUAAGCCCUCCUUAACCUCAAAAACAAAUUUAAUAUACUUAUCAAAUUUUUACUACCAGUAGGUCGAGACGCAUCAGCGAAAGAAAACAAUGAUGCGCCGUACCCUCUGCUGGCUCGUGAACUUCGAGGCCGUCUUCAUGCCGGCCCUCUCCCCUUCCAUGGAGACCGGCACCGUCGUAGAGUGGAAGAAGAAAGUCGGUGACUUGGUGAAGGAGAAUGAGGUCUUCUGCACGAUCCAGACCGACAAGGCCGUGGUGGACUACACGAAUACCUUCGAGCCCGGCUACCUCGCGAAGAUCUACUGCGAGAACGGCCAGACGAUGGCGGUGGCGAAGACGAUUGCAGUGAUGGUUGAUGACGCGGCAGACUUGGGGAAGGCAGGCGAGUACGUGCCGGAGGGCGAAGAGGAGGCGGCGGCGGCACCGGCUGCUGAGGCCGCAGCCCCUGCCGCCCCUCCUGCUGCUGCUGACCCGGCUCCCGCUGCUGCUGCACCAGCCGGCAGCGGCUCUUCUGAGCCUCCGGAGGGCGUGAACUGCGAGCCAGUUUUCAUGCCGGCCCUCUCCCCUUCCAUGGAGGCCGGCACCGUCGUAGAGUGGAAGAAGAAAGUCGGUGACUUGGUGAAGGAGAAUGAGGUCUUCUGCACGAUCCAGACCGACAAGGCCGUGGUGGACUACACGAACACCUUCGAGCCCGGCUACCUCGCGAAGAUCUACUGCGAGAACGGCCAGUCCGCAGAGGUAGCGAAGACGAUCGCUAUGAUGGUGAGCGACGCGGCGGAUGUGGAGAAGGUCGCGAACUACUAUCCGGCGGAUGCCGCUGGUGCACCGCCGGCAGGUGCUGCCGCCGCUGCUCCUGCUGCCGCUGCUGCUCCUGCUGCUCCACCGGCUGCUGCUGCUGCUGCAGCGGCCUUCUCCGCCAAGCACUACGGCGGCUCCGUCGACGCGGCCGUGGCGGCGAGCGGGCCGAGUGUGGUGCGGAUCGCCGCCGGCCUCGAGCCGAGCGCACUCGCCGCCAUCGCUCCUUCCGGCAAGGACGGCCGCUUCAUGAAGUCAGACUUCGCGGGCCAACCGGGCUUCGACUACAACGCACCUUCUCCGGCGCGUGCGCUGCAGCAACAUGCGGCUGCUGCUGCCUCCACCGGCGCGGCGGCUCCGGCCAAGGCGGCUGCUCGUGCUGCUGCGCCUGCGGCGGCGGCGCCGAACGGGGACGUCUACAACGUGGUGCUGAAGGCCACUCCGGUGUACAAGAGCGUGAGCGACACGAAGCUGCUGAAGAAGCUCAUCUCGACCAUGUACAUCCCGAAGCCGAAGGCGAAGAAGACGGCCUAA